UUUUGAAAAAGUGAAAAAUUGAAAUUUUUGUUUAUGUUAUGAAGUUUAAAUAAAAAAUCCCAUAAUCAUAUAAAAAAAAACAAUUUCAAAACUUAAUUGAGAAGAUAUUACACUAACUAAAUUUCUUAUUCUAUUUAAAUCACAAACAAACUUGUCAUUUAAAUACAACAAAUUAAUCUUUUUAUUCAUUCAAAUCUAAUGGGAAAGAUCACUAUUGUUAACAUUGAUGACUGUGUCGCUUGCGGUGCCUGUUCUGGAACUUGCCCACAAAGUGUUCUUGAAGUAAAUGAUCAUGUUGAAAUUAAAAAUCCAGAUGAUUGUAUUGGAUGUGGUGCUUGUGUUGAUGCUUGCCCACAAGGAGUUCUUAAAGUUGAAUAAGUCAUAAGUGAUUUUUUCAUUGAUUAAAUGUUAUUUUAUAUUUCUUUUUUUUAAUUUAAUUA